AUGGCAGCAAGCUUAUCAUCUACAAACAUCUUCCGUCGCACAAUUUUGAGCGCUCGGUUGGCUGCUCCCGUUUCGAGAGCUGGCAGCCGGUCCAUCAGACCCGCGGUACUUGGUUGCAGAAAUGUAUCAAAUGCCGCUCGAUUGCCCACCAUCACAGCCUCUGAGACUCGUCGCCGACCAUCAGUACAGUCACACCAACUGUCCGUGUCCCAGACUGGCAUGAACGGCCUGUUGCCCACAAACAAGCGCACUAUCUUCAUCCAAACCGAGAACACCCCCAAUCCCGAUGCUUUGAAAUUUAUCCCCAAUCACCGAGUUCUUCCUGAAGAGUUCCCGACUUCUUUCCUCGAAUACCUUUCCCCAAGAUCAACCAUCGCACCCCCUCACCCCUCUCCACUCGCUGCAAAGCUGUUUGAUGUUGAAGGUGUCACCUCAGUCUUUUAUGGACCAGACUUUAUUACAGUGACCAAGUCUGGCGAUGUCAACUGGGCUCACAUUAAGCCCGAAGUAUUCAGUCUCAUCACGCAGGCCGUGACUUCGGGAGAGACUAUCGUAUCAGUAGUCGAAAGCCUUGAUGGUGAGAACGGCCAGGGAACAGAGGAAGACUCAUUGGCCUACAACGAAGAUGACGAUGAGGUUGUCGGAAUGAUCAAGGAGCUGUUGGAGACCCGCAUCCGGCCUGCUAUCCAAGAGGAUGGCGGUGAUAUUGAGCUCCGGGGAUUUGACGACGGUAUCGUGAAGUUGAAGCUGCGUGGUGCCUGUAGAACUUGUGAUUCCAGCACUGUGACGCUCAAGAAUGGUAUUGAGUCGAUGUUGAUGCAUUAUAUUGAGGAGGUUAAGGGCGUCGAACAGGUGAUGGAUGAAGAAGAAGUGAUCUCUAUGCAUGAAUUCUCCAAGUUCGAGGAGAAGUUGCGCCAGCAGAAGGGUGCUGGUGCUGCUGCCAGUAGCUCAUUGGACAAUGCGCCAUAA